GAGUCUUAAGGGCUUGUGAUUAAUUACUCUGGAGUGAAAAAGUUGUCAGCUCUUUGUAUAUGCAAUAAAUUAGAGGCUCCUGAGACGUUUACGCACACACUCAGGUGAGCGCUACGUACGUGGACAUCCCCACUGCGCACCUUCUUCCACGACCGCGCCUCUUUAUAAAUAUUAUCCCGACUUGGAGCGGCACGACUACUUUUCUCCAUCUCGUAUUGAAGCAGCAGUGGAGUCUGGGGUGCACUAUAGAUUCUCUUCGCAUUGCCUUGAUGUCGUUACUCAAGACAAAGCUUUUGGGUAAAUUUGAAGUUUGUUUAGGAAUUACACAUCUGGAAAUGUACAUUCAUCAACAAGACAUUUGUUACUCGUCAGGUUAAUAAGUGCUCCCUAUGGUUGGAAGACAGACGAUCCGCAUGGAUAGUGGAAAUGGCCCUGUGACAGUUAUGGAUGAGAGUCCCACAUCCAGCCCCAGCUCCAGUCCUGACAUGCUGACCACCGACAGUCGGCGUCCGGAGGCCCUGCAGCUCUCCAGGGUGGUCCAGGCCGGUGGGCUCUGUGGCAGAGGACGGCCGGCAGCAACCAACGCAGCGCGGGAGAGGAGUCGAGUGCAGACCCUGAGAAGCGCGUUCCUGGAGCUACAGAGGACUCUGCCGUCGGUGCCACCGGACACCAAACUGUCCAAGCUCGACGUGUUGAUUUUGGCCACCACGUACAUUGCCCAUCUGACUCAGACCUUGCAAGAGGAAGGGAUGGAUGAGGGAGAUAGCACUAGACAAACAGAGGCCUUACGCUCGCUGAAAGGUGAUGGUUACCUGCACCCUGUGAAAAAGUGGCCGAUGCGAUCCAGGUUAUACGUCGGAGCCAGCGGUCAGUUUCUGAACAAUUCAAAACAGACAGAAAAUCGAGGUGCAUCAUCGUCAACCUCACAGACAUAAAUCUAUCCUUUGCAUAACUUCUCAUUCAGACGACCAUUAGUUAUGAAGAUUAUUUCAGCAGAAUCCACCUGUGAGGACUUUUAAUGAAUAGCAGACCAUGGUUCGUCGUCUGACAUUAUACUUUUUAUUUGUCAAACAAUUGAAGUAUCUGCUUUUGACGUUUCAUAUCAUGUAAAGGGGGCAGUCACGAGACAGUCAACUCUUUUAAUUGUAGGAAACACAUUGUAAAUUAAUAUAUUAUGUGAUUAUGUAUAUAACAUUUGAGAAAGCUUAAAUAGUGUUUCUCUGUUGUUAUUUUGGCCUUGCUCUGCUCUGUUUUCUGCAGUUAUGUUGUUAGAGGUAUUACCGUGUAUACUUUUAUUUUAUUUUAAAUUCCAUGUGUUGGGUAAUGAGCUUUCGGGCUUGACUUGUUGGCUAUGCACUUUCAGUUAAAACAUUUGUACUAAAUGCAUGUGUGAAUAACUUAACAUCUGUCAUGUGAAGUGCUCUGUCAGAAUCUCAACAAUGGUAGGAGCCUCUUCAUCUCCCCUUCUUUCUUACGUGAAUGGUUGUAAAUGUGUUUGUUGAUAAUGGCUUGAGAAAUAAAAAGAAUACAUGUCUCCCA